AUGGCAGAUGAAGAAAAGCACGCCGCCGGUCCUGCUGCGGCUAACGCCCCUCCCGCCGGCAUGGGUACCACGACCGACUCGGAGAGGACUCCGCCGACCACAGCCGCCUCGACGUUAAGCGGCGAUGUCAGCCACGGCAACAAGAAGGAGGUGGAGGAGGUCCAGGACGCCGGAGCCGACUACAGCGACGAGGACGAGGAUGACAUCGUGGAGGUCGAAGAUCCGAAUGCCGAUAUCGAUCUAGAAGACAUCGAGGUUGCAGUGCCGGGCUAUUCCCUUGAUCGGCGGUUGUCAAAGCUGCAACAGGCACAUGAUGUCGAGAGUCUUCGCCGCAUCGAGUCGCGCAGCAGCCGCCGAAGUCGAGCGUCGCGCAUCCUCAGCAGAGUCAGCACGAGACGCUCUAAGAAAGGCGGCAUCCGCAUCGAGCCGAUCCCCGUCACGAAUCUCGACGAGGGCAUCGUCGGCUGGGAGUCCCAGGACGACCCGGAGAUGCCGCUCAACUUCCCCAAGUGGAAGAAGUGGCUCCUCGUGACCAUGCUGGCAGCUAUCACGCUGCUGACACCGUUCGCGUCGUCCAUCCUGUCGCCGGGCAUCGCGGCGCUCGGGCGCGAGUUCCACAACUCGGACACCAUCGUCGGCACCAUGACCGUCAGCAUCUACCUGCUCGGCUACGUCGUCGGCCCCCUCUUCCUGGCGCCACUGUCCGAGAUCUACGGCCGCAAGAUCGUGCUCGGCGCGGCCAACGCCAACUUCUGCGUCUGGCAGAUCGGGUGUGCGCUGGCGCCCAACAUCGCGUCCCUCAUCGUCUUUCGCUUCUUCGCCGGCCUGGGCGGAGCUGGCUGCAUGACGCUGGGUGCCGGUAUCGUCGGCGACCUGUUUCGUCCUCAGGAGCGCGGGUUUGCGAUGGGCAUGUGGACGCUCGGCCCUAUCAUUGGCCCGACUAUUGGUCCACUGAUCGGUGGCUACCUGACCGAGUCGAAGCUGGGCUGGAGGUGGGAUUUUUGGAUCGUACUCAUCAUCGCGGUCCCCAUCACCGUGGCCAUGGAGAUCUUCGGCUCCGAGACGAGCCAUCGACUGCUCAUCCAUCGCAAGGUGCAGCGGAUGAAGAAGGAGCUCAACCGGGACGACCUCCGCAGCUGCUACCAGAGCCGCGCCGAGACCCAGACCGCCUUCCAGAUCCUCAUGAACGGCCUGACCCGGCCGCUGAAGCUGCUCUUCCUCUCGCCCAUCGUCUCCCUGCUGUCCGUCUACAUCGCCUUCACCUACGGCGUCCUCUACCUGCUGUUCACGACGAUCCCGACCGUGUUCAUGCAGCAGUACGGCUUCAGCGUCGGCAGCACGGGGCUCGUCUACCUGUCCCUCGGCGCGGCCAACCUGGUCGGCUGGGUCAUCAUGACGCUGUACAGCGACAGGUCGGUCGUGCGGCUGGCGCGCGCCAACGACGGCAAGUUCGAGCCCGAGAUGCGCCUGCCGCUCAGCCUCUUCUUCGGCUUCUUCAUGCCCAUCACCUUCUUCUGGUACGGCUGGUGCGCCUACUACAAGACGCACUGGAUCUGGGCCGUGCUGGCCCUCGCGCCUUACGGCCUCGGCUGCCUCGGCGUCUUCAUGGCCGUCGCGACGUACCUCGUCGACUCGUACCCCAUGUACGCCGCCUCGGCCUUCGCGGCCAACAUGGUCUGCCGGAGUCUGGUCGGCGCGCUGCUGCCGCUGGCGGGCCCGCCCAUGUACCGGACCCUGGGGCUCGGAUGGGGCAACAGCCUGCUGGGUUUCAUCUGCGUUGGGCUGGUGCCCAUGCCUCUCUUCUUCUACAAGUUUGGUGCGAGGUUGCGCAAGAUGCAGAAGUUCGAGCUAUGA